AUGCAGAUGACCAUGCAGAAUGCAGUUCAGGUGUGGUUUGGAGAUGACCUUCCCUUAAGUCCCCGAAGUCCUCUGACUCCCAGACAUGGGCCGGGUUUGGCAGAUGUGUGCCUGUAUGACCAGUGGAUAGCUGUGCGGCACGAAGCCACGUUGGUGCCUAUGCAAGAAGAUUUGUCAAUCUGGCUGUCUGGCUUGUUGGGAAUAGAAGUCAAAGCAGAACAACUGCUAGAAGAACUUGAUAAUGGGGUACUACUCUGCCAAUUGGUUGGUGUUCUUCAAAACACAAUUAAAAAAUGUAGCUCAAACAACUUAAGGAAUUUUCCUAUGAGAAAAGUUCCAUGUAAGAAGGAUGCUCCAUCAGGAUCUUUUUUUGCCAGAGAUAAUACAGCCAACUUUCUUAACUGGUGUAGGGCCAUUGGAGUUGAUGAGACUUAUCUCUUUGAAUCUGAAGGUUUAGUUUUGCACAAGGAUCCAAGGCAAGUGUAUCUUUGCUUGUUGGAAAUUGGACGCAUUGUAUCCAGGUAUGGAGUUGAACCUCCUGUACUAGUGAAACUAGAGAAGGAAAUUGAGCUAGAAGAAACACUGCUGAUGACCUCUGGGCCCCCUUCCCCUGUUAGCACCGCAAAGUCCUGUUGUCACCAUGGGGAGCUACAUGAGGCAGUUAAACAUAUAGCAGAAGAUCCUCCCUGCAGUUGUUCCCAUCGAUUUUCAAUUGAAUACUUAUCAGAGGGACGUUAUAGACUGGGAGACAAAAUACUGUUCAUACGAAUGCUACAUGGCAAGCAUGUGAUGGUACGUGUUGGUGGAGGCUGGGACACCCUUCAAGGUUUUCUGCUUAAAUAUGAUCCAUGCCGAGUGCUUCAGUUUGCAACUCUGGAACAAAAAAUCCUGGCGUUUCAGAAAGGGGUCACCAGUGACAGUGUCCCCAGCUCAUCAGCUAGAAUUCAGGAGCCCCCUGUCAUGAAUCCAAUGUCAGCUGUCAGUAUGUUUCAAAAGCAACUAUCAAAACCCCCUACUCCUGUUUCAGGUCUCGGGGCCAGUGCCAAGAAGGCUUUAUCUAAACGUCCUCAGUCCCCUGCCCUGGCAUCACCAAAAGUGCCACUGCCCCCAUCCUCCACAGCCAAGUCAUUGCCAGUAAGGUCCAAAUUACAAGGGUCUUCAGUGACAGGCGUGCAGUCUCCUUUCAAACCGGUAGCUGGCACCUCAAAGAAACUGGAGUCCCCAGCACACGACUCGCCAGCUUCUGGUCCUUCGCAGCCUGUAAGCAAAAGCUCUUCAUCUGCAAGAACGAGAACGGCUCUUGUUCACUCCGAAAUGUUGCGCAAACGUAUUCGGUCCCCUGAUGCUCCCAAGGUGAAAUUUGCCCUGGCUCGGAGCUCCCCGGCACCAGUGCUGCAUCCUGUCCUCUCCUCUGAAAAACAGCUGUCUCACUUGCCUGGGGCAGCUGAAACGACAGCUUCGAAACAGAAGCAUGUCGCCACUAAAUUCGAACCUGUAGCUGUCACUAAAACCAAAGAGAAUUCGGUUGUUCCAAGGGCUGCCCGGCCGCCUGUUACAAAUCUGCGUGCUGUUGCCAAGUUUGCACAUUCUCAGCAGCUCCUUGUAAAACCGCCUGCUGAAAAUACUAUUCAGACCUCAAGAACUGGGUCUCAGCAUCCUCAGAAAGCUCCACAAACAGCUUCUGACUUGGCAAGGAACCUGAAAAAUGCUUCGGUCCUAAAACACUCAGCUUCUGCACCUUCCCUUGCAGUUGGCAAAGCAUUGAAGUCACCACCUACACUGUUAUCUACAAGCAAAAACGUAUCUUCAGCUGUCACUAAGCAGCCAAAUGUCAGUAAACACCCUCAGGUUGGACCUGCUUCAUCCAAACCUCCUGAACGCACUCCCUUAUCUGCUGUACGCCUUCCUCAAACUUCAGUCAAAGCAGAAGCGACCAAAAAGCCAGCGCAGCCUUCCACAAAAAGUCAGCCUUCAACCAAAAGCUUGCAAGCAAAUGAAAGCUUGGCCCCAGCAGCCAAGAAGCCCCUCCCCAAGGGAAAAUCAGCAACGGCGUGUAGCAAAGGAACGCCUGGUGUAUCAAAAGGUCCUCUUACAAAAAGCAGGCAAGAUGAUCACUAUUUUGUUAUGACGGGGAGUAAAAAACCCAGAAAGUAA